CGCUCGGGGCGGGGGCGCGGGGCGCGGGGCGGCUUUCCCCGGGCGGUGAUGGCGCGCGCGGGCGCCGGGAAGCGGGCGCCGUUGUAGCGGACUCAGCGGCGGGCCUGGAGCGGCCCUAGCGCCCAUCGCGCGCCAUGGCCCCCAUGGGCAUCCGCCUGUCCCCGCUGGGGGUGGCCGUGUUCUUCCUGCUGGGGCUCGGGGUGCUCUACCACCUCUACUCGGGCUUCUUGGCCGGCCGCUUCAGCCUCUUCGGCCUGGGCGGCGAGCCGGCGGGCGGGGCGGCCGAGUCGGCAGCCGAUGGGGGCGCGGUGGACUUGCGGGAGAUGCUGGCCGUGGCGGUGCUGGCGGCCGAGCGCGGCGGCGACGAGGUGAGGCGGGUCCGCGAGAGCAACGUCCUCCACGAGAAGUCCAAGGGGAAGACGCGCGAGGGUGCCGAGGACAAGAUGACCAGCGGCGACGUGCUGUCCAACCGCAAGAUGUUUUACCUGCUCAAGACGGCCUUCCCUAACGUGCAGAUAAAUACUGAGGAACACGUGGAUGCAUCUGACAAGGAGGUCAUUGUAUGGAAUCGUAAGAUUCCUGAGGACAUCCUGAAGGAAAUAGCUGCUCCUAAGGAGGUACCUGCAGAAAGUGUGACUGUCUGGAUUGACCCGCUUGAUGCUACACAGGAAUACACAGAGGAUCUUCGAAAGUAUGUCACUACCAUGGUGUGUGUAGCUGUGAAUGGCAAACCUGUGCUAGGAGUUAUUCAUAAGCCAUUUUCUGAAUAUACAGCUUGGGCAAUGGUAGAUGGUGGUUCAAAUGUGAAAGCCCGUUCUUCCUACAAUGAGAAGACCCCAAAGAUCAUUGUGUCUCGCUCUCAUGCUGGGAUGGUCAAACAGGUUGCUCUGCAGACCUUUGGAAACCAGACAUCAAUCAUCCCAGCUGGUGGUGCUGGUUAUAAAGUUUUAGCACUCUUAGAUGUGCCUGAUAUGAGUCAAGAAAAAGCAGAUCUAUAUAUUCAUGUGACGUACAUCAAAAAGUGGGAUAUAUGUGCUGGCAAUGCCAUCCUAAAAGCCCUUGGAGGGCAUAUGACCACUCUGAGUGGUGAAGAGAUCAGUUAUACUGGGUCUGAUGGUAUUGAAGGGGGACUCCUUGCUAGCAUCAAAAUGAACCACCAAGCUCUGGUCAGAAAACUCCCAGAUUUAGAAAAGUCAGGACAUCAAUAAGCAUUCCUGACCACAGGGUGCAACUUUUCCAGGGGUAAAUUGUUCAGCCUGAACUGUUGGAAGCUUCAAAGGACUGGUGGAGACUAUGCAUGGUUAAGGCCAUCCUGAACUUAGGAAGUACUUAUGAAGCAUCAGAGACUUACUUUCCCUGUAAUAGGACGCAAAAUCAGGGAAAUUAGGUUGCUUCAUUUCUCAAGUAUUGUCUUUAUUUUUGAGACUAUUUUCAUACAGUUGUCAUACACAAGGCACAUAUAUAUAUAUAUGUAUAUAUAUAUUUGUGGAUUAAAAUCUAGAGCUGCGUCUACACUGUUAUGAGUCACCAUUUUCACUCAACAAAUCAUGAGUCUGCACUGUUGAUACUUUCAUAGAGCAUUGGGUUUGAGGAAGGCUUGGUUUUAUGUAGAUGUUUAGUGUAACUUUGAGGUUGUAUCUUAUUGAAAAUAAAGUCAUUGGUGAUUUUUAUUCCUCAGAUGGAAAGCACAAGAAGUCUCAUAUUCAUUAAUAUGCAACAAGUGCUCUGUUCAUCUACCAUUUCUAUGGAUUUAGUAGAAAAGUCUUAAGUAGAUUAUUUUCUUUGAAAUUUUACUAACAGAUUCACCAGCUGAUAGAAAAUAUAGACAAAUGAUGAACUACAUUAUAAUUGGAACUUUUUGUGAAUGUGUGUUUUGUUUUGAUCAAAGUGUAUCUAUGGUUUCAGCAUUUCUGCCAUGUUACUGUUGAUUUUCAUUUCCUUUUGGAAGGUGCAUUCGUUCAUCCUUUCUCUAUUGACCAGCAUUUAGUCUUUACCUGUAAAGUUGGUUUUAAGUUUCAAUGGUUUGCUGUAUUUUCUCAUUAGAGAUAAAAUAUGCUGUAAGACACUGUAAGAAUAUAAAUGAUUCUGUAAUAAUUGAAAGUUACUUCACAUUAGAUGGACUGACUAGUUUUAGUUAUUUUUCAGGAAUUUUGUUUUAGUAGAUUUUUGAAACCUUGCCAGGUUUAUCAGUAGAGAUUCUCUUAUUCUUAUUAUCAAGAAUGGGCACAGCUCCUUUUUACCUGUUAGGAGACUCAAUAACCAGAUUCUCAAAGGAAUCACUUUUGACAUAAGCCUGUAGUUUCCUUUCAGAUUACUGUCAUCAAAAUUGAUGAAGAUGUGUUUUUUGUUCAAUUGGCAAAAUAUGGUUAGAAAAAGAUGGUGGCAUUUGUCAUGUUGUUAUAACAAGAGCUUGUUUUCUGAUCUGGAUUUGUUGUGUUGCUCUAGCAACUUGUUUUCUGAGCUGUAUUUGUUAGUGUGAGUGGUUUUUCUUAGUGUGAUUACAGAAUCAGUGUAAAUAAUCAUGUUUUUCAUGUGGCUUUGAUAUCCUUAUAAACUUUAAUGAGGAAUUUCUCAUAUUUUCUUUUCUUAAAAAUGUAACCCUAAAGCAAUUUUCAAUUUAUUUUCCUAUUUUAGAGGUAAAAUUGAGCAGGAGGGACUUGCUAGCCUAUUAGACAUGCACACUGUAGGUUCGCAUGUCAUAGGGUCCAAAGCCCAUCAUUCUUUAUUAGUGUACUGGAUCUUAGCACACUGCAAGUGCUGUACCUUAUACUUAGCAACUGGUAGCAAAUUAGCCUUCGUGCAGUGGAAAUUCAAAGUUUUGAAAGUUGGAAACUUAGUAUUUAUUUAACAAGACUUGUGAAUUUUGAAAACUGUUUCAGGCACAUAAUCUAAUUACCAAAUAAUAUGACGAGAUAAAUGAAACCCUGCUUUCUCCAGGGAGAUGGCAGAAGCAGAUACUCACCAGAGUCCUAUUGGACCUUUAUUUUCAUUGUAAUACAUCAAAACAGGAAAUGGAAUAUAAUUAAAAAUGUUUUAAUGUUCGGAAACUUUUAUCAUUGAGUAGAAGCAAAACUAGUUCAUAUUAGCAAGCGUGAUGGCUUUAUUUUCUAAUUUCUUUAAUGUGUAUAACUAAGGAUAUGAAUGAUUUCUGUGUUAAGCUCAAAAGUUAAGGUGUUGGCUGAAAGUUGAAAGUAUUAUUUUAUAAUUUGUUGGUGUUGUCUAGUUACUAAUGAUUUUUACAUACUUUUAUAGACAGUUCAUUUUUUUAAAAUUUUGCUUAAGAGCCAAUACACAUUACAAGGAAAAUGGUAUUUAUAUUUAUUUAUGUGGUAUUGUGCCAGAAUGUACUAGCUGUCGAGUAUGUAAUAUCUCUCAGAAUUAACAUUAAAUUGUUUUCUUUCUAAACAUAACCAACUAAGCAAGUUUACAUUUGGAAACUUACCUGCUUUCCCUUUAGUAGAAACAGACAUCCAGACCCUCAGUGUCAUCAGCUGUCUUCUCAGCCACCCUUGUAACGCUUUGCUGCCCUGCCCCGUCUUUCCUUUUGGCCCUCUUUCUUAGCUGAUAUGCCACCUUGCCCCAUGCUUAACCCAAAAUUCUUUUAUAAACUCAUUCCUCUUUAUAUUGGCCACUGAAUACUGAAUUGAGACUCUGGUAAAGGUCACAGUGAAAGUGAUCAGUCCUGGAAGAGAUCUGGUUAACCAUUAUUUUUGAGUCUCACUGAGAAGUAAAGAAAAUCACUUUCAACACCAUAAAGUUCAUGUCAUGUAUAUCAAUACUAAUGUUUUUACAAAGCACAUCUUCCUACCCAUCUCUAUAUAUAAUCUCUAUACAAGCCUGGAAUAUGCCAGAGAAUUGGAUAGGUAAGCCCGCUUGAAGAAACCUGCUUUUUCUGUUGGUUUUCAUUCUUAUGUCCCUCGCUAUUUCAGUUGAGUUUACAAGGCCCUACAAGACAGUUAAAUUCGUCUUCGUGAGUUUUCUCCUUUCCCCAGUUUUAUGUUGUUUUUUGACUGGAACACUCAAAUGAGGUAUUAGCGUUGUAUAGUGAACUGACAAGAACAUCUAGAUUUAUGUUUAUCUGACAGUUGUGUGGAUUCUGUUUCCUGGGGCUACUUUGCACUGUUCUGAAGACUUUGUCAGUAGGUAGGGCCAGGUGGUGAAGAGAAGGAAGGUGCAGAAGCUCAGGAGAGAUAUCAAUAGGGUGAGAGGCUAGCAUUCACCCUGCCUGCCCUACCCUGCUCUUAGAUGCUAAGUUCAAGUACCUAAUAUUAAUUACUCUGGCUGUGGAGGUGGUAGUGCUCUGGUCACCCAGACAGAAGUACAGUGGAGGGCCAGUGUAGAACAGAAAGCACCCAUUUUAGCUUGGUGAUAGCUGAAGGUGACCUUCCUGGGACAACCCGGGAGGUUAAAGCAAGAACUGUUGUGAUUAUUCUAGCUGCAACUACCUAUCUUGGCUGUGUAGAUCGUUGAUGUGUAGAAACAGAAAUAGUUUUUCAUUUUGGGUCUGGAUUAAGAUGUUUUUAAUGAUAUACCUGCAAAGUGGCCCUGUCCUAUAACUGUGUAGAGAAAAAACAAAAAAACAAAAACCUAGUCUGUGGGGUUUUUUCUUAAGAAAAAAAAAAAGUUGUGCCUUAAAUAGGGCAUUGUAUGUUACCAAUACAAAACACUUUUUUUUUUAAUAUAUGGGGGAAAUAGCUUUUUCCCAUUAAACUUUAAGUUCUUUUAAUGUUUUUUAUAUCGGAGUUGGGGAAAGUCAUUAAAAUUAAAUAAAAUUGAUAAAUUAUUUUUGCAUAAUGUAGCCUUUACAGUUGUACAUUUUUCUAAGAACUGGAUCAUGAUGUAUAUAAGUCUGAAAUGAUGUUUCAUCAUUUGGUUCUUAAUUAAAUGUAAGACCAGGAUAGAUCACAUUUUGCAAAUUUUACUUUUAAGUAAAUCAUUUGGGACUACUUUAUCUUUUCUAGUCCUCUGGGGUAAUUUUGGUUAAAAAAAAAAAAACAGCUGUUAGUGGUAGAGUUAUGGUGGUCUGUUAGUUAAAUAAUACUGUGUUUUGUGACACAAUAGAGUUCUUAAUGAGGAAAGGAUUCUAACCCUGCCCAGCCACAGUUGUGAGGGCUGCUUCAUAAUAGUGAAGUUCUGCAAUGACAUGAUUCUGUGAGGUACUGAUAGGUGUACUUUGUUCCUUUUUAUAAAAGCCUGGCAGUUAUAUGUAUUCUGACUUAGCAUUGACAAAAAUUGACAAAGAACUUUUGUGGGUUUUUUUAAUUAUUUUUUGAGAUGGGUGGUAAAUUAAUUUAAUGGAAGAAAUGAGAUGUUUUUCUUUGAGAUAAUACAAGUCAAACUGAAGUUAAGAAUGAUGAAUAAUGCUAAAACAGCUGAUUAUAUACCAUGUCUGUGAUCAUUCCCUAAAGUAUUAUAUAAUGUGUCUGUGUAAAGUGCAAAAAAAGAGGUUGUGGUGUUUUGUUAAAAUAAUUAAAUUAUUUUAAGGUGUAAAACAAGUGGUACCUUUGUCAUUCUGGAGAGGCAUGUUCCUCCAUUUUUUUUUUAAACUAGGAAAGAAACAUAGUAAGUUAACGUGAGAUACUUAAUCUGAAAACAAUCUCAUGACCCCAAAUAUGGCCUCAGCCUUCAUUAUGUAGAGUAUUCUGGAGAGGUACCCUUCCAGAGGCAGAGGCCAGAACCAGCCUUUGUCGUCUUAACAGGGUCUGUAGUGAUGGGCUGCAGCACUGCUAAGACUUAACAUACAUUCACAGUGCUGCCUGGAGCAGCCGUGCCUGCAUCACCAGAACUGUGGUUUCCCUGAUCUUCUAAACUUUUCAUCCUCACUUUCUGUUAAUCCAUUUCUGAAAAUGGGUCAACAGUAAGAGAAAUUAAAAUAUUUUACCUCUGAAUACUUUUUACACAUUUAAAGCCAUGGAGGAAAUAAGCCGUUUCUUGAUGCAGAGAUGCCACAUUUUCUUAGCAGGCUCUGAUCUUCCAACCCACUCCACCAGACAGAAGUGGAGACCAUUGUCAACUGAACUUCAUUGGGAAGAAAUCUCCUCCCAUGGCCUUUGAAGAGUGCUUUGUGCCUCCCCACACCACUUUUGUAAAGGCUGUUAGUUCACUUGAUAAAGAGAUAGAGUGUGUGUCUUUGAUUUGUGUGUGUGUGUGUGUGUGUGUGUGUGUGUGUUUUACCAUACUCCCAAUACCUAGUCUCGCACAAAUUAGUCCAGAUUGUGUGUUGAAUUGAACUAAAGGGUCACUACUAGUGUUAGCAUGCUUCAUGCCUCAGUAGUAUAAGCUAGUUGUUUCCUUUGCUGAUACUUGUAGUUACCACUCCACACACACUAAUUUUUGUUUUGGUUUUUUGUUCGUUUGUUUGUUUUUAGUUUUUUUUUUUUUUUAAGUUUUGCCUUUCCUCUAGAUACUACCCCAUGGUCAAUUAACUGUAUAAAAUAUGAUUGCUUCUGGUGACAUAAUUAUCCCAAACCUUGCCCCUGGAUAUACUUUGACAAGUGAAAUUUGAAUUCCUCAAAUAAAUUGGUCAUGUCUGAAAAGUU